AUGUCUUCAGAACAACAAGAAUUAUCAACAACAACAAGUACUACUUCAACAACAACAAACAAUGGUAGUGGUAGUGAUGGUACUAGUCAAUCAUCAUCAUCAUCAUCACAAAGAUUGAUAGAGACAAAAUUAAAAGGACAUAAGGAUAGUGUAGUGACGAUUGCAUUACAUAAAUCACAACCAUUGUUGGCAUCUGGUAGUGAUGAUUGUACAGUUCGUAUUUGGGAUACCAACAAAAAUACUUCUAUCAAAUAUCAUUUAAUAUAUUGUGCACAUGGAACUAUGAUUUCAUCGUAUGAUCUAAGAAACACGAGUAUUAUAUUAAAAGAGAAAUCGACGCAAUAUCAAUUCAACAAUGAAGAGAUUAAUCAAUUGGCAUUUGAUCCAAAGUAUCUAUACUUGGCAGCAUGUGAUGACAGCGGCCAAACAAAGAUUAUAGAUAUAAACAAAAAGAAACUAUAUGAUACAUUGGCAAAGAAACAUACAAAUGUUUGUUCAUCUGUUGUCUUUAGACCAAAUUCAAAAAAUGAUUUAUUAACUGGAUCAAUGGAUUAUUCAAUUAUACAUUGGGAAUAUUUAAAAGGAAAGGUAUUACAUAGACAAUCAUUUGGUAGUGCAUCACUAUUGAAUCCCAAAAAGAGUAGUAGUGAUGACCAAGAAGAAGCAAAAUCAAAUCAAAUAUUAAAUCCACCAAUGGUAAACUCUAUAGAUAUUACCCAAGAUGGCAGAUUGGUAUCGGCUGGUAUCGGAAAUGGAAAUAUUGUAAUCAAUGAAAUAUCAAGUUUUAGACAACAUUUAUUAAUUGAAGAAGCUCAUACUGCCCCAAUUUCUCAAGUACAUUUCCCAUUAUUUAGUCAAGAUAUAUUAUUAUCAACAGCAAGUGAUAGUAAAUUAAAAUUCUGGGAUAUUAAUAAUAACAACCAAAAAUUAGAAAAUGAAGAUAGAGUUAAAUUAUGGACUAAUUAUCACUCUAAAAUUAAUUGGAUGACAUCAACUAAAGAUUCUAAAUUAUAUAUUGGUGAUGUAUCAAAUGAUAUUACUCUAUUAACUAUUAUUUAA